AUGGGCCAUGUUCCUCACUGCCUGUACGAUGAUGCUCAGAGUGCAGCAGGAUCAACUAGCGCAGAUGAUAAGAAAGAGUCGGUCGAGCAGGCGGCCAGUGAUGAUGUAGCGAUGCUGCGUAGCAUCGACCUAAGGCGGUACGCUUCUAACAAGGGGGUGUCGGACUUGUGCUCAGCUGGGGGUAAGCGAUCUUGUGUGAUGGCCUUGGUGAAGGACAAGCACGAGAAAGGUAGAAGCUGUUUCCAUCUGGCUGCAUCAUCUGAUGGUGGUAUCGGUGUAUUUGAUGUUGUUGCUGAAAACGACACUGUUGUUUGUCUUGGGGAUGGCAGUGGAGUCGAGAUACAUGCCUUGUUACCUGAUCGGUUCUCUAAUCGAGCAGUGUAUGUCUGGAGACCAGCGGGAAACGAAGAAGGCUCCGGGGUCCCUAUAGAUUGCGUUUCUACUGUAGACACCACUACUGGGCAGUGCAUUGGCUCGGUACCUGUCCAUGCAGCCAGUUACUAUGCUAUGGACUUCCGGGAAGAAGUGGGUCAGAAGGGCAAGGGCUCGAGACCCAGGUCCAAGUUGGUGAGUGUGACCUAUGACUAUCAGCGAUGGCAAGCUGUGCUUCGGUCGUAUGUUGUGGAGAGCACCGCCACGGGGAAGUCGCCAGUGGCAAGCGCCGCCGAGUUCAAAUCAGUGUUGUUCACUUCUCGCGGGCCUUUCUGGGUGGUGGAUUCACCCGAAGUGUCUGAUGGUUUCGUAAUUCUAGUGGUUGGCACGGAACCUCAAAUAGGCAUUCUGCAUGCUGCAUCGCUCUACGAUGCACGAAUAGGACCAGCGUCAAACCAGUGGGUGAGGAAAGGCGAUGUGCUACGACGUGAGAACACCCGUUCGGCCUACUAUAGACACGUCUCGGGUAAAAUGAUCGAUGAUAGCGUCUCUGAGGUAGAGCGGCAGAAGGACAGAUGUGUCUGCUCAUCAAAACUGGCUGAGUGA